GUGAGCAGCGGGGGAAGCCGGGGCGGUUCUCUCGCGAUAGGCGCCGCAAGCGCCCGGCCGGUGGGAGGGAAGGUGUGGGGAGGACUCUCGCGAGACCUGAAGGUCCCGCAGCCGCGGCGGCGGCCAGAAAGGGUGGAGAGGACCGGAAGUCCUUCCUCCUGAGCGCCCAGGGCUGGAGGCGGCUGGCCCUGCCUUCCCGGAAGCCCUUUCCCCGCAGUGAGGAAGACAGCGCACCUGCCCGGAAGUCCCGCCCCCCCGAGCGCCCCCACCCUCCCAGAAGUUUUUCUGUCACCUGUGCUUGCCGCGGUCCCCGUUCCCGGCUUCGUCCCUGCACCCGAGAAGCAUACAUUGAGUGCCUCUGUCCCCGCCCCAUAGCCGGGCUGGGCCCCCCGCUCCCGGACUCGGGGCUCCUCCCCCGCGCCCCCAUGUAGCUGGGAAGUGGGGCCUGGGGGCGGUUGGACCCCUGGGAGCCUGAAGGAGGGGCGGAGAGGGCGCAGCACCCCGCUUCUGCUCCCGCCGGCGGGGCGCGGCCGCCUCGGCCUCUCGCCGCCCGCUGCCAUGCACCCCGCGGCCUUCCCGCUUCCCGUGGUGGUGGCCGCCGUGCUGUGGGGCGCGUCCCCCGCGCGGGCGCUCAUCCGAGCGACCUCGGACCACAAUACCAGCAUGGACUUCGCCGACCUGCCAGCGCUCUUUGGGGCCGCCCUGAGCCAGGAGGGGCUGCAGGGCUUCCUUGUGGAGGCUCACCCGGCCAAUGCCUGCAGCCCCAUUGCCCCUCCACCCCCAGCCCCGGUCAACGGGUCAGUCUUUAUUGCACUGCUUCGAAGAUUCGACUGCAACUUUGACCUCAAGGUCCUAAAUGCUCAGAAGGCGGGGUAUGGCGCAGCUGUGGUACACAACGUGAACUCCAACGAGCUUCUGAACAUGGUGUGGAACAGCGAGGAAAUCCAGCAGCAGAUCUGGAUCCCGUCUGUGUUUAUUGGGGAGAGGAGCUCCGAGUACCUGCGUGCCCUCUUUGUCUACGAGAAGGGGGCUCGGGUGCUUCUGGUCCCAGACAAUAGCUUCCCUCUGGGGUAUUACCUCAUCCCCUUCACAGGCAUCGUGGGCCUGCUGGUUCUGGCCAUGGGAGCAGUGAUGGUAGUCCGUUGUAUCCAGCACCGGAAGCGGCUCCAGCGGAACCGACUGACCAAAGAGCAACUAAAACAGAUUCCUACACAUGACUAUCAGAAGGGAGACCAGUAUGAUGUGUGUGCCAUUUGCCUGGAUGAGUAUGAGGAUGGGGACAAGCUGAGAGUGCUGCCCUGUGCUCAUGCCUACCACAGCCGCUGCGUGGACCCCUGGCUCACCCAGACCCGGAAGACCUGUCCCAUCUGCAAGCAGCCUGUCCACCAGGGUCCGGGAGACGAGGAUGAGGAUGAAACUCAGGGACAAGAGGGUGAUGAGGAAGGGGAGCCAGGGGACCAACCUGCCUCAGAACGGACCCCACUUCUGGGCUCCAGCCCCACACUCCCCACCUCCUUUGGCUCCCUAGCUCCAACCCCUCUUGUUUUCCCGGGGUCUUCGACAGAUCCCCCACCCUCACCCCCUUCCUCUUCAGCUGCCAUCCUGGUCUAAUAGUCCCCUUACCCCCCCAUGCACACCUCCCGUGACCUCUUUGCACAGCCCCUUGUCCUCUCUCCAGUCGUCUGUGUUGAGGGAUGGGGGACAUUUCUGCCCCAGGUUUCUCCCUUUCUCAAUCCCUUUUGAGGGGGUUGGGGGUGGGAAGGGACUGGGUCUUCACUUACUGGGUUAAUAAAAUUGUU